UCCGAACGCGGCGCGCUCCCCAGCACUCAACAUUUCCACUUCAGCGCGGCGUCCACAGGGGACUCCUUUCUCAGGACCAAGUUGAGCCACCCUCUUGGGUUCAUGUGGCACCUCCGCAGCCCUCUUCUCCGCUCCACCUAUUCCUGGCUGUGCUUCGAUCCGCCGCUGCGCUCUGGGGAAAUGUGUCGGCAGUCGUUUGUAGGCUACUAGUUGAGCUCCAAACAACAUAUAGAUGAGCCGUCAUUAAGUACCUGCGGACCUGCGGCAGGAGGGGAGGGGGGGUGUUUAUUUUUUAUUUUUUUUAUUUUCUUGCGCCCGGGAACCUUUAAUCGCUGAAGGAUCUUUACACAAGUGCACAAUGCUGAGACUAGAGACUAUCAUUUGCACUUUUUCUGUGCUGUCAGUCGCGGCAAGAGCAGAUUUUAUGGCUCGGAACUGCAGCGAGGUGAGGGAGGCUUGCUUCGAGAGGGGCUUCGCCUUCGCACAUGUUCCUCACCAGGAGAUCCCAGGAGAGGAUCUGCGUGUUUGCACACACAAGCACACGUGUUGUACCCAAGAGAUGGAGGACAAAUUCAGUCAGCAAAGUAAGCAGGAAAUAGAAAAUCUCCUCGAUGAAACAAGCCACACGUUGAGAAGCACGUUUGUCUCCAGACAUAAAAGAUUUGACGGAUUCUUCCUGGAGCUUCUGGAGAACACGGAGCGGUCCCUGAAUGAGAUGUUUGUGAGGACUUACGGCAAGCCUUACAUGCAGAACUCGGAGGUCUUUGAGAACCUGUUUGCCGAGCUCAAGCGCUACUACACAGGAGGGAACGUUAAUCUGGAGGAAAUGCUUAAUGACUUUUGGUCGCGGCUGCUGGAGCGCAUGUUCACGCUGCUGAACUCCCAGUAUGUCAUCACCGAAGACUAUCUGGAGUGCAUCAGUAAGUACACGGACGAGCUCAAGCCAUUUGGAGACGUGCCCAGGAAGCUCAAGGCUCAGGUUACCCGCGCAUUCAUCGCUGCACGCACAUUCGUCCAGGGGCUCUCUGUAGGCCGGGAGGUGGCCCAGAGAGUGUCGAAGGUAAACAGCACCCCGGCUUGUAUACGAGGGCUGACAAAAAUGCUGUACUGUCCCUUUUGCCGUGGUAUGCCCAGAGUAAAACCCUGCAAGAAUUACUGCCUUAAUGUGAUGAAGGGCUGCCUGGCAAAUCAAGCUGAUCUGGAUCCAGAAUGGAACCAGUACAUCGAUGCCCUGCUGCUGGUGGCGCAGAGGCUCGAAGGGCCUUUCAACAUUGAAUCUGUCAUGGAGCCUAUUGAUGUCAAGAUUUCAGAGGCCAUCAUGAAUAUGCAAGAUAACAGUGCCCAGGUUUCUUUCAGGGUUUUCCAAGGCUGUGGCCAGCCGAAGCUCGCAGAAAUCCCUAGGUCCGCCCGUGGUGCUUCGGAUGUGCUCAACGCCCGCUUCAGACCCUACAGCCCAGAGGAGCCGCCCACCGCCGCAGCUGGCACAAGCUUGGACAGGCUGAGGAUGGUUUGGAAGGCGAUGCAAGUCAGUGUCGUCGACAUAAAAGAGAAACUGAAGUUGUCCAAAAAGUUCUGGUCGAGCCUGCCCGAGGCAAUAUGUGUGGAGGACAAAGUGACUGCUGGAAACGCCAGUGACGAGGAUUGCUGGAAUGGAGACACCAAGGGCAGGUAUUUUCCUGAAGUCCAAAAGGAUGGCCUGACAAAUCAGAUGAAUAACCCCGAGGUGGGCGUCGACAUCACACGACCCGACACCCUGAUCCGUCAGCAGAUCAUGGCUCUGAGGGUGAUGACCAACAAGCUGAGAAAUGCAUACAAUGGCAAUGACAUCUACUUUCAAGACACAAGCGAUGAAGGCAGUGGCUCAGGCAGUGGGAGCGGCUGCACAGAGGGCUGCACCACAGACAUGUACAGUGCUGCCACCGAAACCCCAGUGGUGAAAGCUGACCGGAGCGGGCCUGUGGAGGACUCUGCCCCGCUCUCUGCAUCUUCCAUAGCCCUGCCAACCAUGCUGGCUCUCUUAGCUCUAGCUCUGCACCAACAAUGGAGAUAAUGCUGGAGCAACACGCUAGAUAUGGACUGCAGGGUUUUCCUUUUCCUCUCCUCUCCGUCAGUUUUUGUAUUCAAGCACAUUGGAGCUACAGUCAAGCAAAGAGCAUUGAGGCUACUCGCUUUGAUACUGCAGGAUUCUGCUCUGAGAAAGAGAGUGGUCAUCCACAUCAUGAUUUUCCACUUUUCCAAAGAUCAUGCAGUGCCAUCCCUAGACUUUAUAUUUCAUGGCAUCAUUUCAGUUUCUAAAACUGAUGCGGAUCCAACAAACUCUGCUUCAGAGAGUUAAAAAAAAAAUCUUUACAUUUCUUUCACAUAUGGCAAAUAUAAACAUAGGUUUCCAUUUGGAAAAAAAUAUAGUAUGCACUUUGAGUUAUUUUUAUUUGAUUUUUUUGUUUUUGUUUUUGUCUGAACAAAAUGUAAAAAAAAAAGAAAAAAGAUGUGGUUUAAUUAUGCACCUUAAAGAGGUACAAUAAGCUUAAUAAAUGUUUGAUAAUAUAUUUUAAAGAAGUGAUGAUCAUAAGUGAAAUAGGAUUCAAGAACCAUGUCCACUUUGGUUAGAAUUUUAUUGAAUAUAACAUGAUACCAUUUAUUGAUUUGUGAAGGAUAAACAAUUACUGGUAAUUCAUAUGUAUUUUUAUAAAUGCAUAUGCAGAUUUGUGUUUCUUUGUUACAAUUUCAAUCUUUUUUUUUGUUUGUUUUGUUUUUUGCAUGUAGAGACACAUAUUGUUUUACCCAGAAUUUGCGCAGACAUUUAGAUAUUCACAAAAUCUAUUCAGCAGUGGCCUUGUGCUAAUACUGACUUUAAGGGUUAGGAUUAACUUUUAAUAUACUUUGCCUUGCUCAAACUCCAUAAUCUGCAAAAUAUUCUCAUACCAUGCCAGUUUCUUCGCUUAGCUUCAGCAGUGGACCUGGAAUAAUUUCCUUAAAAGUUGUUUUUCUUUUAUCUGCAGCGAAGGUACCACCAAGUUAUGGUUAAAUAGCUCUACAUUUAAACAGCUUUGUUGACAAUAUUUUAAAAAUAUGAUCAUAUUAUAAAGUUUAAAAUAUUUAUACUCCGAGUUCAGAAAAGGCCAAAUACUAAUCAUCAUAGAGAUUUCAUCAUUAAUUGACCAGACUGGAAGUGGUUGCAGGGGUUAAUUACUAAUCUUUCAUAAUCACCAUAAGGGGCUUUUCUCAAUUUGUUUGUAAAUGGGGUUCUGCUGAGAGGUUAUGACCAGUCAAUAUCCUACCUUCAGUAGAUAGCUCUCUUAGCAUAUUAAAUUGAUGAAACAAAGAUAACAUUUUUAAACUAACCUCACAUUUCCAUGAGAUGAUUAUUUACUCAGAGGUCUAUAGCUAUUCAUUAUGAAGACUUCUGUAGUAGGUGGUCCAUAACAGUGACCUUUCUACCCUAAACAAACUGUGGAAGAGAGCAAAUAUAGCAUAGCCAUACAGAUAUUGGGGUGCAAGUUGUCCCUUAACAAGAACUGGUUUUCAGUUUCAAUUUACACAGGUUCAAAGUGAAUUAUUAAAUAUUUGUAGUUCACUGCCUUGAUAUUCUGCUCCACACUCACAACAUUAAGCAGUACAGUUUAAAGAUUUUAUGUAUAAUUCCAUACACCAAUUAGCAUCUUGAGUAUAUAAUUCCAUAGUCUUUGCAGCCUUGCGUUUUCCACGUCAUUCUCUUUAGUUUGACCAAGCUAACAACAAAGCUGCUGUUCUCAAAAUCCCCUGAUUUAAUUGUAAGAGAUCAGCAUGAGCGUGAAACUUUGACUCUAAAGUGGAAAAUCUUGAUUCUGCUUUAGUACAUCAACUGGAAAAAUCGUUACUCAUGCAAAUUAUCCUUGCUGUUAUUUCGGCUACACUUACCAGGUAGAAGAGACAAAACGCAUUUAGGUGCAGCUUCAGUCCUCUGCUCAUCUCUUUUGUACUUAGAAACCUUAACCUGGACUCUCCUCCAGCCAAUUACACGCUCAGACACAGUACCAAUAGAUCUGGGGUACACAAACAACUCAGCACAAUCUACCCCUUUUAGAUAGUCAUGGUUUCGGCCUUCAGCUAUUAUUGUUAGAUUUAAAAUGAGAAGAUAAGUAUGCAUUAAUAAUGAAUUCACACAAUUAGAGAUAAAUGUGUUCAUGAGAGCCUAUAGCAAACCAGAGCACAGCUGCACAAACGGCAAUGACCAAGUUCUUGCCUGCGAAGGAGAUAUUGUAACUUUUUCUACAUCAAGUACCUAAAGUUUGUUCUAAACCAGAGUCCUGAUAGAUGUCACAAAGAAACAGUCCAUGCUUCUGAUGUAACAAAUGUCUUUUCCAUUUAGAGAUCGAAAAAGUUUUUACCUGCGUACACUCGCUUUUGAAUAGAUUCAUGCACAUAAAACAAUUAAACAAAAAUAGCACUUAAAAGCACUUUGCAUUUUAUUCUGCUUUACUUUAUUUUAGAUAGUUACUCUGUCCAGAGAUGCUUAAUAAAGCCCUUUUUCAGAAUUAGUUUUAUAUAGAAAGGUAAUUUCAAUAGACCACAGACCAACACAGUCUUUAUUAUAAAUAAUCGACAUCCAUCUAAUUUAACCAUCUAGUGCAAAAUUAAACUGUUGGAUGGUUAUUAAAAUGCAUUUCCAUUUCCCGAUAUUUGUUUUUCUUAAAUGGAAGCUGUUAAAGUCAAGGAUGAAGGAUGAUAGAUAUUGUAUAUACUGUUAUCGUGGAACUGCUCUGAGGAGGUCAAAUGUAGUCUAUUUUACCAAAAUGAGGACACUAGGAAAGCUAUCACUAUGCAGGUAAAUCAUUGACUGCUCAUAAUCAAAGGGGAACUAUAAUACAAAAUUUACUUUUGCACAUUUUUGUACUUUUAUUUGGGUCCCUACUGUUCUAGAAAGAGUCCAAGCACUUACAACAAGCAUCUAGCCGUUUUUCGGCGAUUGGUAAAUGUUUUGAAACAAUAUUUUGUUUCAAAAACCUCCCGAUUAUUAUGUCCCCAUCGGCGAACCAAGGCCCUCACCUCUCAAUCCAAGCAGAGCCCCGCCCACUUCAUCAGCUGGUUGUACCACUGUAUGUGCUGUACAAUGGCUCUUUGGCAUGAACAUGAUUUGUCAUUUUGCACAAGCCUGUGCUAGCAACAGGCUGCUGAUGGCCCUGUGUCCAUUUAGAAACUUAACAUUCAGAAACUGUUGCUGCAUCCUUGCUGGUUGUACAGGAGGCUCCACAUCUUCUGCUUCUGGGUCUGACUCAGGGUCAAAGAUGUACAGCUGUACCAUUGUGCAGCUGUUUGCAGUCAUUAUCGGGUGUAAACAUUGAGUUGGGGGUGUGACCACAUACAGCUUAUUUGCACAAAAGUGACAGAGCCCUAAAAACAGCUCAUUCUGAAAGGAGCUCAAAACAAGUGGAACGGAGGAGGGGAAAUCUCAUUAUUUGAGAAUGAUUUUGUACAAAGAAUAUAAUGAACAUGUUUUGAAUAGACCUAUACUGAUUUGUUUAAAAGGAGGCAUAUUAGGUUCCCUUUAACAGAAAUCACUUUAAAAAUCUGAAAAAUCCCUUUAAUGCCAAUGGAAAGACAGUCAGUCAGCCAGAGCAGGAGAUUUCUAAAAGCAACCCACUACCAUAUUCAAUCUGAAUUAUAAUGAAAGUAAAAUGUGUUUCACAUCUUCAUGUUGCUCUAUAAGAGCAAACCUAUAUUCUUGUACUGCUGUAAGGUCUAUAUGCAUUUAAAGCAACUGGGUCUAUCAUGUCUUUCGCUGCGUCCUCAGAAUACAAAUAUUUACCAAAUACCUUUGGCUGUUUCAUACCUGCUGGAACCGCAUUUAGAAAAAUGCUAAAAUAUGCUACUUCUGUGCAAAUUGAAUAACUUUUUUUUUAGUAUUUAAAUGAACCACUGUUGCAAAAGAAAAGUAACCUCAGACAAUAUUUUAAAACGUCAACUUUAAAUCAUAGAACUGAAAAGAACAUACUAACACAUAUUACCAUACUUGUAGGAUGUGUGGGAGUUAUUAAGAGAGGCAAGCAGCAAACAGAACACAUUGGUGACAGGGAAUGCUAAGAAAGACUCCCUGAAUUUAUCUGGAAAGCUUGAAUGGUUAUGUCUGCAGCACAGACAGGCUUGAAGCCGACCACAGUCACCUGUGAAAUGAGAAUCUGUGGGGACCGGACAGGGCUGAAUGCUUCGGUGAAGCUCCUCAGUAGAGCGUACUUACACAGAAUGUGAGAGGCCUUGGCACCGCUGAGGGGCGCGGACAAAACCAGUCUGUUCCCUGAGAGCCUGUCAGCUUCACAACCAUCAGGCCAACUGAGCGUGCAUAUCCACAGAAUUAGCCUAUGCUUUGCCCGUCAUAAUGUAUGAAGGAAAAUUUGUUCAGCUGUUCAUUAUUGUUUCGAAGUACUCAUUUACAUCCACGGUGCAAGAACAACGAUACGGAGAAGAAAAAUGCAAUGUGUGUCAUUGAAAAUGAUUCUUUAUUCUGUCUUUUGAUCUCACAGGAUGCCCUUUUUAUGUUUUUUAAUCAUUAAACUGUUAAUAUUUUUGCAAUAAAAGGGUUCAAACAACAACUAAUUCAGCGCUGAAUCACAUUAUUUCUUUACAAGUCUCAUUAUGUUUUUUGCUUUAAUUCACAGAUUGAGUUAGUUGAGCAAAGACGCCUUAAUGUAUUUCCAGCGUGCAGUUAACAUGAUUCCAUUUCUGUUUUAUUACUAGAAUAAAGUCCAAUCAAGUUUUUUAAACAGAUUUCUGCUUGUUACAACUUUGUGAAAGCUGUAGAAAACAACUGGGAUUAAAAAUGGGAUCAAGAUUUUACAAUUAUACAGUGCCUUGCAACAUUGUACUUACUACUUAAACAUUUUCACAUGUGAAAUAUUCUAACGACAAACUUCAAUGAAGGUUUUGAGAUCAUAUCGGAUAGACCACAAAAAAUGCAAUACUACACAGAUCUAUGGAAUGGUGUAUAAUAUUACUUAAUUAUUUAUUUUUUUUACAAAUGAAUGUCUGAAAAUUGGCAUGCAUUUGCAUUUAAACCCCAUUACUCUGGUAAUGAAAUCCACUGCAGCCGAUUCACUUCAUAAGUCUGAUACUUGGUAAACAGCUCCACUAAGCAUAUGACUCGACAUAGAAGCAGCUGUUCAAUAAAGCACUCAGGAGUUCUUCUAUAGAAAAUUUGUGAGGAAAAAAAAA